CCACAAACAAAACGCAAUUUUGGGAAUCUGCCGGUCAUCAAGCGUCAAGCUCGCUAUCCGCACGCAUCGUGCCCCGCGGAGUGAAUUGGAAGCUCGUUUUGGCUUUUGUCCUCAAUUGAUCGCUUGUUUUGCUCUUUUAUUUUGCUCCUACGGUGUUUAGUCUGGACUCCAAAGUCCAGAGAGCCAUGAUCGAGAAUGGUGCGAACCCGGAGAAUGGCCGCCAUGGCCGGCAACGAGAAUAAUGGCGAGCAAAGCAGCAACGCGACACCGAAUAACAUCCAGCCGAUGGCGAUUGCUGAGAAACCUGCGAAAAAGAAAAGGUCCCCAGUCAAACCCAAGGGCAGAAAGGUCGCGAAACAAGCCGCCCGACCUGACGUGAAAGAGGAGGAGCAAGCCGAAACCGAUGUGCAGCUCCCUGAGACAGGAACUUCGAAAACAUCAAUUGCUCCCGACGACGAGGAACAGAAUGUCAACAUCUCUGACCAGCCGAGCGCAAAUAUCAACAGAGCGAGGCCCUCAGCCACAUCAAGUACAACCUCGGGACGCCUUGUCCAGCCAAAAUCAACAAAGUCCAACAUCAAGGCCAAGUCCAAGUCCAAGACCACCGCGGUCGUCGAGUCCCCGGAAAUGGACGAUCCCGAAGCCGAGUAUGAUUCCGACACUUCAUACAUACCCAAAGAUCUUCGGAAAGAGCUACGUGAACAGCUAUCUUGGGCUGGUCUCACAUAUCCCGAGACCUGGCGUCCACGUGUCGAUAGCCCCUUCGAUGCUCCUCCCCCGCCUCCGGAAAAUCCACCACCGGCCGAUUCUAUUCUCGUAGCAGGUUUGGCGGACGGCGAGGUGCGCUACCUUUGCCAACUGUUGCGAUACUGGACAUCCGAAGAUAAGGGCUGCAGGACUGCCAACAAGUUCUUCCACCGGCUCGACUACACCUACAAGAAGGCGGAUUCGCUUCCAGAGGCUUUGGCAAGGCAUGACCGGGUAUUGGCUCUGACUCUGGAUCGCCUCGCGCGAGCGAUCCCCUUCGAACUAUUUCUUUGCCGGCUCGACAGAGGCUAUGAAGACACUGACAUCGACCCUCAACAAGUGUCUCCCUCCUACGUCAUUGAGGAUCUGGUUGACUUGCAGGGCCGAACCUACGCAAAGUUUGUUCCCGUUGACGAGAAUGACUGGACACAAAAGACUACCGAACACCGAAAGCCCAAACUCCUUCCUGGUUACUGUGAUGCGGCACUCGUGCUUGUCCCUCGAGAUACUGUGGCCGACUUCCUGUGGGAGACCAUCGAAGCAAACGGCCCGCCGACUGCCAAGUACAACGUCACUCAGACUCCUCUGCGUUCGUUGCUCGAAAACUAUAGGACCCUAUGCUCAGGGAGCGUUGAAGAUCACGUUCGCUAUUGGCCCAUCUUCAGCAACCUCAUCCGGAGGGCAUGUACCUGGGACAACGAAAAGGGACUUGGGUUUAUGCCUGGGGAGUUGGUGGAGAGCAUUCUCAAGGCUUGCAUAUCUGCCAAGGACUGGGAUUUAUUCACAUUCGCCGCGGGCUUUACGGGAUUUGCCUUUCGCAAACUGCCUUACGAUCCCCAAUCCUUUGUCAAAUGGGCUCGUGCUGAGAUUACAGAAGGGAGAGCCACCUUUCAAGACAUUCAGGAGGGUAUUCUGGCCAUCUCAGUCUCCCACAGCUUGAUCAAGUACAGGUGCUCCUCAGUUACCGCCUUCUACGAGACUACGGACGAAACAGUUCCCCGAGAUUGGGCACGGAACGCAGUAGUCCGCAUAGCUAACUUUCCCGGUUGGCAAAUCAUCGGCCAACAAGAUGGAAGUGAACUUGUUUCCGCCCUGAAGACCUGUUUCGGGAUGGGACCUGACUUCAUAGAAUUCGCCACGAAGUUAGUGAGACGAAACUCGACAAAGAUCCCCUUCCUUCUGGGCUUUGCCAACGAACUCCACGAGACCUGCUCCACGGAAAAUGCAACAAAAAAGCUGUAUCUCGACUUGGCUGAACACAUUUUGAACGAAUUGCACAUCUACAAACUCCACAGUCGUUCCGCGGAGACGGCACGGGUUAGGGAAAUCAUCCAGCUUCGUUCAACCAAGGUCACGCAAGACCUAAAACUGAUUAAAGCGGCAAUUGAAGGUAUCGACAAGGCUGACAUGUCUCGCUUUAUCUCUGGACUGAUCGCUGAAAACGCCGAUACCCUCCUUAUGCGCUUGACAAUGAAAUUGGUUGGCGAUGCAAAACGCAUCCCGCUUCGUGAGCUUACCCAUCUCUGGGUUCCUUUCCUCUAUCUCCUCCCGGACAUUCUCGAAAAACAUUCUAUCCCGCUAUCAACACCUCGAUAUCAAAACAUAUUCGCUGCUAUCAUGGAGAUGUACCUACUCAGGGAGGUAGGCAGGACGCCGAAACAGAUCUGGCAACCUGUUAUGCGCACGGUCAGUUGUGACUGUGGACUGUGCUUCAGGCUCAACCAAUUCCUUUCCGAAUCCUGCUCUUUCAAUGCUGUUCGGCUUCACGGCUCCAGUACAGCUUUUGACCACGUACGACGCUACUUGACGGGACUGCGGGAGGGCAUCUCCUGUGACUUUGCAACUGAUGCUGCUUCGGGCACUAUAACCGUCACGAAACGCUUGAAUCCCGAUCCUACUGCUCUUAAGCAAUGGGAGACUAAGAAGAACAAAAUGAAGAAACAAAUGUUCGCAAAGUUUGAUCAAGCAAAGUUGCGUGCCAUUCUUGGCGAAGAGUAUUCGUGGUUUACAGGAUUUCAAUUCUUGGAGAACAAUAUUGAAAUUGAAGUUCAUGACGAGAAAGAACUUCCUCCACCUCCUGUGCACUCCGCGCCGCUUCUUGGGAAACCGAUUGACCACUUCAUUAUCGGUCGACCGGAUCUCUCUACUCUGUCAGCCCAAGGGUACCGUCAACCUGUGGCAGCUCACCAGAAUCACCAUCAGCCCCUUCAUCAGUCUACUGUCUCUGGCUAUCAAGGUCCGCAACCAGGUCAAGCGCACCCACAGCCUGUAGGGACAUACUAUAGUUACCAGCUUCCUCCGCCUAACCACGCUCAUCGUGCCCCGGCCAACCCCUGGGCUUAUUCGGAUCCUACCUCUCAAUCAACCCAAUCCGGCAACUCCAUCUCGGCUGGUUCAGACGGCUUCGCCGGAUCCAUCCAAAUGACCAACAACGUCAACAACCACCAAACAACCACCCAUAUUCAGGACACAUUAGAGCAUGGUCGCCAACUAUUCUUCCUUGAGGAGCGAAUCGUGAUCCAGAGACAAUUUCCCAACUGGCAGAGUGGUGCAAUCAAUGCGGAGCUAUGGAGACGAUGGACUACCAUGGCUUCUAGUCGUCAAGAGAGUUACGUGAGCAGGGCAACGGUGGCCCAAAACCAAGCUCAAACCCAGGCCCAUCCCUCCUUGUCUGCGCCAUAUCAUUUAUCACCCCAGCCUUCAGGCUCAAGCUUGUCUACGGAGGACGAUUUGAAGGCCGGCAGGGAAUACUACUUUUCGACACAGAUGGGCUCUCUUCGAGCAAAGCACCCAACAUACAGCCACCAACUCUUGUUAGAUCAAAUCUCGAAAGCAUGGAGCUCAUUGCCACGGACUCAUCGCGAAUGGUUUAACAAGCAAGCCUUGUCGCAGAAGCAACAGCAGCCCCAGCUCGCUCCUUUGGACAAUGCGAGGGCUGUGGGUCCGUCGGGAACUCGGAGCAUCCCGUCUCUUUCUAGCAUUGCACCUCCUCCACCUCCUAGCGUAGUCCCAGGCAUGCUUCCAGAUCAAGCUCAACCUUUCCCUUCUCUUCAAAGUAGAGUGGCGGCGUUACGUGAGGCGGCCAAGGUAACAUUUACCACGGCGCUUGCGAUCGCAAAACCUGUUGUUGACAAAAAUGGAAUGGUCGUCGUUCGUACAUCUACCAGACUGUCGAUCCCCGAGCAGGAUUAUAUGGAAAGCAAAGCACGACUUGCCCCGUACCCAAAUGUCGCUCAUCUCGAUCCGUGCCGCAAGGAUCUGAACCGUGGCCGGACCUGGUGGAUAAACAAAUACACAGAUGGUCUUUCGCGUCUACUCUCAGGAACGUCGGAACAACAAAUCAGGCAGCAACUUGGCGUUGAGUGGGAAACCUGCCUAACUAUGGGUGAUCGUUUGAGGACCGAUGAUAUGGCACGUAUUGAAGAGGCGAAGUCGGCUCUCGCUAGGGAACGGAACAGUCUAAAUGAGGUUAUGUUACAACGGGCCACGAAACGGGCGAGAACAUACGGGGCCUCGACUUCUGCGACGGCUGCCGGCUCUGCGCAAAAAGGACCGGCUUCAGCCUCAGCCACAUCACCGCCUGUGUCCGGCUACGAGGUUUUUGCUAAAGAAAUGGAGGGACGCCUUCGGAAGAGGAACUCCGGCGCCUCGGCAGCAUCGCUCAAGUCGGUGAUACAACGGCGAUGGGAAGCGAUGAGUGAAACGCACCGGGCAGUCUACGCAACCAUGGGCUUGGAUAAAGCAAAGUCAGGAUCUGGUACCGUGGCCCCCUCAACCUCAACCUCAACCUCAACCUCUGCGAUAUCCGCUUCUACCAUCACUGCUGCGCCAAGCCGCAAAUAUGACGGUUUUGAGUAUUAUCUCAACACCGAAGGCCUUAACGUCAGAAGAAAGCAUCCUGAAUAUUCCUACGACCACGUUGUCGAAGCCACGAAGCGGCAAUGGGACGCUUUGACGUCCACGGCAAGGAGUGUUUACAGUAACAAAGCGUUCGCGGCCGCACAACAUCCGCUCGAUAAGGGUAUUUUCACCUGGCUGGAAGAUACCUUCAAGAGAGUAGCCAAGGAUAAAGCACCCGUUUCAUCAACUCCGGCGGCGCAAAACUACAGCGCUUUUAGUAGCAGCUCUUCGGAACCCCCACAAGAUGGCGGCUUCGAGUUUUGGUUAAAAUUUGAGGAACGAAAGUUCCGAGACAAGAACCCCGGGCUCACAAGUGAAGAAACGGUCACUGCUUUAAAAAAGACAUGGGAUGGCAUGACACAGAUGGCCCGAAGAAUCUACGAGGACAUGGCGGCGAAGGCAAAAGUCAACGCGGACAUAACAAUUAAGCCAACUGCCUCGCAGGCACCACCAAGCUCUUCAUCCGCGGCUACCGCUUCUACGAUCGGGGAUUGUGGCCAAUAUGACUUACCCUCGGAGUGUGGCCGGUACGACGGCUUCACUUGGUUUCUUAACAGCGACGGAGUGGAUUAUAAGAAACAAAACCCAAACGUCGCAUACAGCGAUCUUAGAACUGCAAUGUACGCACGCUGGUGUGGCAUGGACGGUAUAGAACGGAGCAGGUUCGAAAAGGUCGCGAGUACUUUGAAGCAGAGUGCCGAAGGUCGAGAGAUGUUCAACAGACUGAGAGAAGCUUACAGCCUGCCUCCGGGGCAAGAUCCUCGUGAGCGGUUAGCAGCCGCCAGGUGUCGCUCACCCUCGGAUGCUGGUCGAUAUGACGGCUUCACCUGGUUUUAUAACAGCGUAGGAGUGAGUCUCAAGAAACAAAUUCCAGACAUUGGAUACGACGAACACAGAACCGAAAUCUACUCGCAAUGGAGUGGCUUGAAAGCUAUGCAACGGCGCGAGUACGAAAAGGUUGCGUAUACUUUGAGGCAAAGUGCCCAAGGCCGGGCGUUGUUCAACAGACUAAGAGAAGCAUUCGACCUGCCUCCGGAACGAGACCCUCGUUCGUGGAUUCCGUCUCCCCCGCCGGAUGCCGCCACCGCUACCACUGCCACCAGUAUCAUGACACGGGAGGAUUGGGAACGAAAAUACGACGGCUGGAGUUUCUAUCUCAACACUGCAGGGACGCUUCACUGUGACAGAAGAACUUCAUACGACUCUGUUGUUGCUAAGAUGAAGGCGCGAUGGAAGAGCAUGAGUGCUGUCGAACGGCUUGCAUAUGAAGACGGGGCUAAGGCUGCCAGGAUGAGUGGUAGACGCCAAGUAACUUUUAACAACUUGAGGAUAGCUUGCGGCCUACCUGAGGAGCCGAUCCCCCCUCCCCCUGCUCAUAACACUCCGCGAGUACCGACUUCUUCAUCUGCCACUGCUACCGCGUUCACUGCCUCUUCUUCUGCACCAAGCUCUAAUACCUCUAGAAGCAUUACAUGGGAGGCUUGGGCCCACAAAUACGGCGGCUUUAACUGGUUCCUCAACACCUGGGGACACGCUUUCAAGCAGGAGAAUCGUGAGCUGGACUACGAGCUAGUUGUCACCAUCACGGAGUCGCGGUGGGAGCGCAUGACUCACGAAGAACGUCGUGAUUUUGAAGAUAAGGCAAAGCGGAUGAGGGUGAAUGUGGCAGGUCGCCGGAUGUUCAACAAAUUGCGAGAACUUUGCGGCUUACCCGGGGAGCCAGACAUUCCCGAACCCGCCAAGACGGUAACGCCUCGUACUCCUUUUCCGAGCACAUGGCGCGGCAGUGGCUCCAAAGCAGCCACUCCUUUACCGUCCUCCUCGCCCACACGACCUGACCCGGCUUCCUUCUCACCAGCUGACCGUGCGUUGAUGGAGAUCGAGCCCAACAGAAUGGCUGCCCCCUCUUCUAGCGCCGCGCCUGCCACGCCCGGGUUGAGUAACAAGGUGGCCAAGAUUGACAUCACCAGUGCUUGGGCUGUCAAAUCUAGUAGGCUCAAAAUUCCGCCCUUGACGCCGAGAUCCGGGGGCGGAUCGGCUUCGGCGUUUGGUUCGGGAUCGAGGUCGGCGCCAAGGGGCGUGAAGAGAAAGGCUGAGCCGGAUGUGAUCGACUUGACUUUGGAUGAUUGAGCGUUGUUCAGUCGUGUGUGGACUGGAAGGGAGGAUCGGUGUUACUCGAUGGUUACAAGCAAGGAUACGGGAGUUAUGUGUACAUGCUAUGGCGUAUGGCUUUGGAUUUGUUGCGGUUUGGGAGACCGUUGGAUCAUUUCUAGAUUCCAAGUGUUUGGAGUAUUUUGUUGGAUUUUGCAUCAUGUUCUAGUCAAUUGGUUG